AUGUCGUUCAGUCUCGAGAUGCCGCAAAUGUUGGAGGGUAAGCCGCAGUUUCCGGCGGCGCCGCGCGAUUGCUACGCAAAACCGGGCCGACCGGGAAGUGCGUCUGAUCCGCUGACGGUUGUUGGAUGGGAGCACAUGGAUUUGAAGCUCUUCUAUCCGUCGGCAUUGUUUAGUACAUGGAGUAUUCGAACCGCACUUUAUCCAUUGGCCGUGCUGCGAAGUCAAUUGCAACUCCAGAAGCAGAACACCGUAUAUCGAAGCACACUGCACGCGUAUUCGGACAUCUCCCGUCGCGAAGGAUUCCGCGGACUCUACCGAGGUUUUUGGAUCACAGUUCCACAAAUCGGAUGCUCAUUUAUUUACUCGACGAUAUUCGAGAAAUGCCGAGCUGUGAUGCACGAGAACGGCUAUCAAUCGGUGGCGGGGUGUGCGGCUUUUGCGGGCGGAUGGGCGAGUUUGGCGAGUCAAGCGAUUUUCGUGCCAACUGAUAUUAUUGCGCAGUACAUGAUGAUUUACAAAAAUACUGACAAAUUGACAGCGGGGCAUGAUAAGGCCGUGAUCGACAAAGUCGCGGUGUAUGUGAAAAACGGUAAUGGUCUCGGCAAGAGUGUGACGAAGGCUAUUUACGCGUCCGACGGCAUCUUCGGGUUCUAUCGCGGCUUCUGGGCAUCUGCUGUCGUCUACGUGCCACAAAUGCUCCUUUUCUGGCCCACUUAUUACUGGCUUCAAAAUGCUUUUAAUAAGCUUCAUCCUGCGACUCAGCGCAGUUUACUCAUUGAUCAAGCGGUUGCCGCUUUUGCUGGUGGCGCUGUUUCGACGAUCGCAACCAAUCCGAUGGAAUUGUUCCGCAUCCGAGUCCAAGUCCAUCGAAGCAGCUAUCCGAAGACAUUGAAAACAAUGCUGACCGACGAGAAGAUGGCAAUUUUCACGAAAGGCCUCACACCGCGUCUCAUCGCCAACUCCAUCUAUUCGGGUCUCGUCGUUGUCGGCUACGAAAUUGUGAAGCGAUUGUGCGUCAAAGAAGAGUACAAGGAGCGCAUCAAAUGGUAG